AUGAGUCUAAUUCUGUCUACUUUUAUCAUCACAGUUCUGUCCACAUCAAAGAAUGACACUCUGCCAGGCAACACUCAAACUUCUGACGUCACAGGUUCCAAGACGAACAGUGACCUAAAUCUGACCAGUCAAGCCGGUUGCACCGAGCAAGCCAAGUCGUCUAGCAGCGCGGGACUCUGUUGGGAAACAAUGAUUGGUCAGGAAGUCGUCAAACUAACCAUCAUGGACACCGUCUUCGUCAUCGGUCAGAUCAUCAUCAUCGAUGUGGUCCGCACGUUCUUCAUCAAAUACUGCAACAAGCUCUGCUGCUGGGACCUGGAAAAAACAUUUCCAGAGUACCCAGACUUCAAGACAGCAGAGAAUCUAUUACAUCUCAUCGGCAACCAGGGUGUCAUAUGGCUGGGCGCAUUCUUCGCCCCUGGCCUCCCAGUGUUGAAUCUGCUCAAGUUGUUGCUACUGGUCUACGUCCGAUGCUGGUCCGUCAUGAUGUUCAACGCGCCGCAGCAGAGGAUCUUCAGGGCUUCCAGGUCCAACAACUUUUACUAUGCUUUGCUACUGAUCAUGUUGUUCCUGUGUAUGUUACCUCCCCUGUUUGCCAUUGUUGGCAUGGAGCCCUCCCCGGACUGUGGUCCCUUUAGCGGCCAGGAGAAGAUGUACAACAUUCUGACAACCACCAUGGAGAAGGAGCUACCAUCGGUCAUCAACUCUGUACUGACGUACGCCGCCUCGCCCGGCGUCAUCUUGCCGCUCUUCAUGUUGCUCGGCUUUGUCUCUUCUGGAAAUGGUGAAAUCCAAAAAACCGGCCGCAAAAGGACUGGACGGUUUUAAAGACCUCGCGACUCGAGGAGCCAGCCAGCAGGACAAGUCCAAAAAGACUGCUCAGGCCGUGGUCAACCGCAUGAAGUCAUCCAAGGGGCCUGCCGUGCCUGUGGCAGUCAUCAGGGGGAAACAGUCCAUCAAGGCCAAGGAAAGGAGCAGACAGAACGCCAAGGUUCCCUUCAAGGAUCUCAUUCUGGACUACAGCCGGAAGCAGCAGAAGGAAGACGCACAGCCCAAUGACGAGAAAACGAAAGGUCAAGGAGGCAAAAAGGGAAGAGGGAAUCGAGGCCCUAAAAAGGAGGCAUCCAAAGGCCGAUAUCGCCAGAGAAGAGAGAAAUCUCACAACAGACGACGAGUAAGCAACUCAUCUGACGAUGACCCAGAUUAUGACGAUAACUCUGAUGAUCAAUCAAGCGAAGAGGACAUCGUGCAGGUUCACCGCUCACGCAGUUCUGGUACUAAUUCAAGCGACAACGAUCACCAUGGUGAUGAUGACACUAAUGGUGAUAGAGACAACAAAGGUCGACGUUCCCGAAAUCUCCGAGAUGCUAUGAAGUCCCACAACUCUCAAUUAGACAAUAAAGUGACAAAAGAAGGGUCUGUUCCAUCUGGUAAUUCUAGAGAUCGAGGAGCUCCCAGCAACGGGAACGGUCGAGAUCGUACGAAACAAAACGUUCCAUCACAUUCAAGAUCUCGAGGUAAUGUGGGCAACAGCGAGAGUGGAAGUGAAGACCCGGAAGAGAACUCUCCAAAACAGAAAAGAAUUGGAGGCCGAGGCGAGGGUGGACAACAACAACGCGAAAGGGAGAGAAUGCAAGAGAAACAAAAAAGCAGGGCGAGGAAGCCCCAGAUGACAAGGCAGAAUUCCUACACCGAUAAGAGUGGUCAUCUUAGGCCUUAUGAUGAUGAUGAGGAGGAGGAGGGUGAUAAUGAAGACACACAUAACAGCGACGAAACAGAUUCGGAAGAGGGAGACGCUGUUGAUCACAAUAACGGCAAACGAGUCAACGACAGUAGUCGUGGAAAUAAAGCCACCUCUGGAAGAUUAGAGAAAGCAAGCAAAGGCGGAAGUUCAAAAUCAAAUGGUGGUAGAGAAAAACAGUCAUCUGAAACUAAUUCGAAAGUGCCUCAGCCUCCUCCAAAAUUAACAAAACGGCGGGAACAAAAUCAAUCUAUUCCACCAUUGUCUAACAUAGACAGACAACCCUUUACGGGUGCCUCUUCGUCUAAAUCAAAAAGAAAAGUGGCAGUGCCAAAAGACAAGAACAAACAGCCGACAGAAAUCGAAAUCAUAGAUGAAGUUGCAGACGAUUCCAAAACGAAUCGUCAGCAAAAGCGUAAACCAAAGAAAUCUGAGCAAAGGAAAGGGUCUGAAACUUCCCUCACUGGUCCCGUCCCGGAAAUUAGAGUUGAAGAUUUCAGUGAAAAUGGAAACAGUACUGGCUCAUCCUCCAACAAAGACAAGGGAGUUAAUCGCGAUAAUGUACUCAAACCAAACACGAAGGGAGGUAAGCCUAAAGUUUCUCCAAAACAAGAAGGGGCAAACAAAGAGCAGCUGAACAAAAAGACAGACAAAGAUGACAGAUCGAGGGGAGCUGUAAGGAAACUCUCUUUUAUGUUUGAGAAUAAGGCGGGAGGAAAUUCCAGCGCAACGCCAGACGUAGAAGGCGAAGAGAUCAACACUGAAGUGGAGGUGUCGCCGAGGUCCGGAGAAGAGGAAAGUGCUGGCGUUGAGAAAAACAGGGCGACUGAUGACGGUAGUGACGUCUCGGAGAAUUCAUACCCAAGUACAAGUCGAGAUGCCACGAGGAACGCUGAGAGGGAUAGUGAAACACAAGGAACAUCGGCUUCAAAAGACAACAGACCACACGACGUAGAUUUUGGCAACCGUCGGAAAACGAGAGAUCGUCGCGCGCGCUUGUCUCCUGGGGAUGAGCCGUCUGGUCCUGCGGCGGACACGGACACGGAUGUGUUGAUUGACAUAGGCCAAGACGAUGAAGAGGACAUCGCCAUGGCAACUACCCCUAGCGGCGACCCUGGCGUGAACUCGUUCAGAGAGAGAAGUUCCUCUUACGGUCAAUACAGACGAGACAGACCUAGCGUCAUAUCUCUGGGCCUAGCAGAAGAAGACGUGGAAAGACUCAGCACAGGGGGUGAUGACGUCACAGGAAGAAACCCAACACCUCCAGGAGUUUCGGCACACAAUGCGGGAACCCCACUAGAAAGAAAACCAGAAGUUGAGAGAAGAUCGUCUAAUGGCGGGUUUGCCAUCCUUGCUAUCACAAACGGGAAUUUGGAUAUCGACACAGAGGGUGAACUUGACAUCAUAAACAAUACAGAAAGACAGAACGACAAUGAAGAACAAGGAGGAGGCUAUACGGAUUCUCAGACUAGUAAUAAAAAUAAUCCUUCCACGGGACGGAAGAUUCUGAAAGCUACUGGGUUUUCUAAUCUGUUGAAAAAGUUUCAAGGAAAGUGAAUUUUAGAUUACCGUAUACAUAAUAUUGCAAUGUACAUCCUCGUGUUAUUAUUACAAAGUUUCACUGAAGUCAAAAGCCGUGCGCAACUACAAAUAUUAAAGUUGAAUUUCAUUCUAAUUUAUUUUUAAUAAAAUUCAUCACAACAACAUGAAUGUCAAAUCCUUUUGACGUCGAUGCAGCGUGCAUAUUAGGCUACGGUACUUACAAGGUGCGCCUUUCUCCUUCAAGCAGUGGCGUAUAUUCCACUCAAUAUGUUCACAUGUUUGUUCUGCUUUGUUAUCUGUGAAAACAAUUGACUUUGCCAAUUGAAUUAUUGUUAAUGUUCUGAAAACAUAAACCAAACGUUAUCUUUUGGUUCGUACUG